AUGUACCCUAUUCGAUUGGUGGGUGGCUUGAACAGAUGUGCUGGACGUGUGGAAAUAUAUGAUGGAACACAGUGGGGAACAGUAUGUGAUGACAUAUGGAACAUCAAUAAUGCUGAUGUUGUGUGCCGACAGUUGAAAUGUGGGUCUGGUGUUGCAGCUCUAAGUAAUGCUCAUUUUGGACCGGGUAAUGGAAGUAUUCUUCUUGAUAAUGUGGAAUGUAUUGGAAAUGAGCAGUACCUUUACCAAUGUAAUCAUAGUGGAUGGGGCUCCCAUAACUGUGGACAUCAGGAAGACGCAAGUGUCAUCUGCUCAGAUAUGUACCCUAUUCGAUUAGUGGGUGGCUUGGACAGAUGUGCUGGACGUGUGGAAAUAUAUGAUGGAACACAGUGGGGAACAGUAUGUGAUGACAUAUGGAACAUCAAUAAUGCUGAUGUUGUGUGCCGACAGUUGAAAUGUGGGUCUGGUGUUGCAGCUCUAAGCAAUGCUCAUUUUGGACCGGGUAAUGGGAGUAUUCUUCUUGAUAAUGUGCAAUGUGUUGGAAGUGAGCAGUACCUUUACCAAUGUAAUCAUAAUGGAUGGGGCUCCCAUAACUGUGGACACUAUGAAGACGCAAGUGUCAUCUGCUCAGGUAUAUGA